AUGGCAAAUACAAACAAAGGGUCUGAGGAUGACAGACAAAGGGAGCCAUUAUUACAAAAAGAUGCAGCAGUAGAAAGAAUAAGUCCUUCUGACACACUUAGUUUAAUGCACGGCUGGAGAUUUGUUCCGGACGAGAUUGAAUUAAAGAAGAGAAUGCUUUAUGCGCUGACAGUUGGGUUUGAGUGCUUAUCAAUAUGGGUGUAUAAGCAGAUAGUUCCGUAUAUGGACAAGUACGGAGGCGAGGACUUUGAAACAACAAUAUUCCCAAAAUUAUUAAAGGGCCACACACAGUCAAAAUAUACCCUGGUAGAAAUACGACAGGAAAUAGAAAGGAAUAUUGUUGUGUUAGUCAAUAGAAUAUACGGAAAACAUGCAGGACGGUUCUUUGGAGAAAAAAUAGACAAAGAAGCAAUGAAAGAUCUGUGCAGUGAUAAUUCAGAGAAAGACACUAGCAGCAUACGUGUUUUAUACUGUCUAUUACAGCUGCUACUCACAGAGAUUGAAGAAAUAGAUAUUAGAACAAUCGAAUUAAUAGUCUGUCUAGCACAAGCACUGGACAGUAGAAUAUAUGAUUAUUUAACAUCAUACUUCAACAAAGAAAAAGAUCUUCUUUUAGAGAUUCUUCUGAUUAAAAUGAACCACAGAGAAAUGGGCUUCCCCAAGAAGAAUCAUUUAACAGAGAAAGACAUUCAGAAUAUAUUUGGAGAAUUAGAGAAAGUAUCUUACACAGAGAAAGAAGAAGAACAGCUCACAAAAAAAAUAAUUCUAGAACUUUCAAAGGAAACAGAGGUAGAAGCCUGCAUGUUUUUCAUGGUGCAUGCCCUGGUCUACAUAAACUGCUGUAAAUCAGACGAAGAGAUCCUACAGAAGAUAAUUGAUAAAUUAGAAAAUAAAAACAGAGUGAUCCGAGGACAGUGCGUGGUAAUUCUACGAUCCUGUCACCAGCACAAGGGAGUGAUUGAUGCAUUGAUUAAAGCAUCAAAUGACCCAGAUGAUGAUAUAAAACGACAAAUACGAGUGGCUCUAUCAGAAGCAACCUCAGAUUCCAAAGGAAAAAGAGAAGAGUUAAUAAACCACUACAUAAAUUGGCUAAGCGAGAAUGAGACAGAUUAUAUUAUGCAUCUGGCAGGUGUUCUUACAGCAGCAAAAUCCAUCAACCACAUAAAGCACACAGAAUUAUACCAGAAGUACUGUAAUGGCCUAGAAAAAUUACCAAUAAUGAUUCAAACCCAUUUCCUGAGCGGAAUAAUAAAUGUGUUCUCUUUAUACAUAAACCCAGAAGAUCUCAUCAAAGAAGAGAUCAAAGAAAUGGCGAUAGAUGAUAAAAAAUCGGGAAUUGAAUUUCCAUCACCAGAAUUAUCACAGAAAAUAGAAAUUCACUCGUACACACCAGAGAAUGCAGUGACAGAUUUAGAAAGAAUCCUUUUUUCUCUUAUACAAACAGAAGAAAUCCUCAUUCCUGUAAUAAAAAUACUUCCAAAGAUGACGGGGUUAUUAAGGAGCUCAUUCUUAAUAAAAGUCCUUCUGGUAUUGUAUGAGAAAGACCCAAAAAGAAACUGGAGGUACUGGACAUAUUUAUUAAGUACAACAGAAGAAGUAAAGCGGGUUAUAACAGGAGCAAGUAAAGAGAGAAUAAUUAAACACAUAAAAAGACUUACUAAGCACUGGGCUAAUAUAAUACGUAAUACAGCAGAGAGGACAAGUAAGGUAUUUGAAUGAGUCUAUUAUAGGAAUGUACUGAAU